AUGGUCACAGUGGACGUCAGGACGCUGACGGUGCGGAUCCUGGAGGUGAUCUUCACCUGCAUCUCCUUCAGCCUGGUGGCCUCAGUGGGCCACAGCACCCAGUCCUUCUGGACCUGGUGCAUGUUCACCUGGUGCUUCUGCUUCUGCGUCACCCUCCUCAUAAUCCUCCUGGAACUCACCAGCCUCUGCGAGAAGUUGCCCAUCUCCUGGGAUGACUUCACGACCGCUUAUGCCAUGUUGGCUAAGCUAAUGGUGCUGGCAGCAUCCAUCAUCUAUCCCAUCUUCUACACUUGCUCUGGUUGCGGCAAACAGAUCGCUGCCUGCGUUAUUUCCUGUCUGGCUUUCAUCCUGUACGCUGUUGAGGUCGGUCUGACCCGGGCUAAACCUGGUGAGAUACGUGGAUUUAUGGCCACUGUCCCAGGCCAUCUAAAGGUUCUGGAGGCCUUCGUGGCCUGCAUCAUCUUCAUCUGCUUGGACUACAACCAGUUCUCUAACUUCCCAGGGCUUCAGUGGUGCGUUGCUGUAUACUCCAUUUGUUUCAUUUUUGCCCUGCUCAUCAUCAUUUUUUCCAUCGGCCGCCUUCUGACUCUCUUCCCCGCACCGUUUGACAAAGUCCUGACAGUCUGCAACGUGUUGGCCGUGUUGAUGUACAUCACCGCUGUGGUCAUCUGGCCGUUGUACAGCUUCAGGAACAAUCCCAAGCGGAACAACUGCAUCAAAGGGGUUCGAUGUUCCUGGGAUAAUUUAGUGGUUAUCACGUUCAUGACCUGCUUUAACCUUGUUGCUUACAUCGUUGAUACUGUUCAUUCUUUUAAGCUGAUAUUCUUCGUCAGCAGAACCUAG